AUGGCACGCUCGAAUGUUCCCAAAUUUGGAAACUGGGAAGGUGAGGAGAAUGUUCCUUACACAGCUUACUUUGACAAAGCUCGUAAGGCUCGAGCUCCUCCUGGAGGCAAAGUAACGAACCCGAACGACCCCGAAUACAACUCGGAUCCGCAGCCUCCUCCUUCCAAGACCAGGCCUGAGCAAGCUGAACCGGUUAGAAGAUCACGUGAGCAUAUGAGAAGCCGGGAAGAGAGCGAGUUGAAGCAGUUUAGUGAUGGUGGUGGCUCGUCAAACGAAGCUGCUAACAAAAGACAAGGAAGGGCUUCUCAGAACAAUAGUUAUGAUAAGUCUCCGUUGCAUAAGAAUUCAUAUGAUGGCACUGGAAGAUCCAAGCCCAAACCCAACGUUAGAGCUGAUGAAAGCCCUGAAAAAGUGACGGUGGUGCCGAAAUUCGGAGACUGGGACGAGAAUAACCCAGCUUCAGCGGAUGGUUACACGCACAUCUUCAACAAAGUCCGAGAAGAGAGGAGCUCCGGAGCAAAUGUGAGUGGAUCUUCAAGAACACCGACUCACACAAGCUCUCGUAGUAACCCUUCCAACACUUUCAAAUGUUGCUGCUUUGGCUUUGGAGGAAAAUGAAAGGAAACGUUUUGUUUCCGGAAGAUUUGUAUAUAGAUUAUCGAGAAAAUCAGUGUGUAAUUUUAUCGGUUUUUAAUGGCAGACUCGUUCAAGCUUCUUUAGAUGAAUAAGGAGGCAUCAGCCUCAGUUGCUUAAGAUCUUAUAGUAUAAAUGUAUGUAUAUUUUGUAAUUUUUCGUAAUACACUUUUGGUGUUUUCAUUACAGUUUUAGACCAGACCUGCUUGCAGAUUCACUAUAUCCUGGUACGGCCUGACCAAUUUGGUUAACCGAUUUGAUUCAAAACAAAGAUACUUGGUUAUCUCUAUGGAGUAAUCUCAAACUCAAAAACGG